AUGGAGCCAUCACCUGAUGAGAACGGUUCUACAUGUAAGCGAAGGAGACGUAAGAGACCUUCACCAUCUACAAAAUCCCCUUCUAUCCGUAGGACCAGCACAGACAAUGCAGAUGUGGACUACCGGGACAUUCAUUUCAGUUUCGUUUCAAGCGAUAAUGAAUAUAGUGAGAGUAGGGAGAGUAUUACAGAUAUAAUGGGAGAAAAUGAAGUGCCCAAUAGGAUUGCUGCUGUGAGUAAACAUCAAAGAGAUUCUACAAUUGAUCCAGCCCUUGCCUAUGAAAUUAAAUUGAUGCUUGAUGAAGUUAAUCCAUAUGUAAAGCAGUACCAUCAUGUAGCUUCAAUUAUAAAUCGAGAUAACUAUGCUACGCUGAAGUUAUGCUUAAUUAGUUCAAGAUAUCAUGAUGGCCGCAUAUACAACAUGCCUUCUACUUCUGAAGUUGCAGCUUUGAUUGUUAGUGAUAUUGAUAACAGUUACAAUGUCAGAGAUAUUAUUGUGGAGUACCAAUCUGGAAUUCCCAAACGCAUUAAUGAGCUACAUGCAUGUUAUUUACCUCUUCAAUAUCCUUCACUAUUCCCAUAUGGAGAAGAUGGAUAUAGAGAUGAUAUUGAGCACAGAGAAGAGACAUUAAGUGCCACAAAGAAAAAGAAAAGGCUAAGCAUGAGAGAAUUCUUUUCAUAUAGGUUGAUGACACGUGAACUUGAGCUUUCCGUCUUAUUACAUGCCACAAGGUUACUUCAACAGUUCAUAGUUGAUGGGUACACAAUGAUUGAAUCUCAAAGAUUACUUUGGAUUAGGACACAUCAAAAAGAGCUUAGAGUUGAGUUGUAUAGAGGUCUUACUGAUGCAGUACUUAGAGGUAAAACGGAUGCGUCUGCUAUUAGGAAAAGAAUAAUACUAACUUCCUCUUUCACUGGAGGAGCAAGGUACAUGAUACAAAAUUACCAAGAUGCUAUGGCCUUAUGCAGGUGGGCAGGAUAUCCUGAUAUAUUUUUAACUUUCACUUGCAAUCCAGCUUGGCCAGAAAUCAAGAGAUUUUGUCAAAAACAAUCUUUGCAACCUUCAGAUAGGCCUAACAUCUUAUGUAGGGUUUUUAAGAUGAAGUUGCAUUCUCUUCUCAAGACAAUAAAAGAGAAGAGAAUUUUUGGCUCUGUACGUGCAGAGGUAUAUAUAGUGGAAUUUCAAAAGCGAGGGUUGCCACAUGCACACAUUCUCCUUUUUCUUGAACCAGAAGACAAAAUCAACAAUACUGAACGUAUAGAUGAAGUCAUAUCUGCUGAAAUUCCUGACAAAGAGUCUUCACCUAUAUUAUAUGAUUUGGUCCAAACAUAUAUGUUUCAUGGUCUAUGUGGGGCAAACAAUCCAAAAUCUCCAUGCAUGAAGGAUAAGAAAUGCACAAAAUAUUUCCCCAAAAGAGAUUCGCUCAACAAACUACCUUGGAUGAUGAAGAUGUUCCAAGCACACAUUAAUGUGGAGAAAUGCAAUCAAUCAACUUCAAUUAAGUAUUUAUUUAAGUACAUCAGUAAGGGAAAUGAUAGAGUUGUUGCUGGAAUAUUUGACAAUAGUAGGAACCACGACGCUACAGGUUUCAUUGAUGAGAUACAACAAUACUAUAGUUGUAGGUACAUAUCUGCAUGUGAAAGUGCUUGGCGUAUUUUUGGGUUUCAAAUUCAUCAUAGAUAUCCAGCAGUAGAGAGGUUGAGCUUCCACUUACCAAAUCAACAGUUUAUUAUUUACUCUAACUCUGAUGAUGUUACGGAUUUAUUGGAUAAGCCAAGAGUUGCUGAGUUACAAUUUCUAGCAUGGAUGAAAUUUAAUUCUAGGGGUGGGCUUGCUGCUACAUUAACUUAUGCUGAAUUUCCUAAUCAUUUUGUGUACCAAAAAAAUAAAAGGCAAUGGAAGGAGAGAAAAAAAGGAUUUGCUGUUGGUAGGAUAAACCAUGUAUCAGCUUCAGUUGGAGAACUGUACUACUUACGAAUCUUACUCACCAAAGUUAAGGGGCCUUCGUCUUUUGAAGAUAUUAGAACAGUAGAUGGGGUUAUCCAUCCAACUUUUAGGGCAGCAUGUCUGGCACUUGGUUUAUUAGAUGAUGAUGCUGAAUAUAUAUCAGGAAUCUAA